AUGCGCCGGUUACGUCUUCCAAAGAGCUGCUUCAGCCUCUAUGGUAACGUGGCCAAGCGAACUCAUGUACCAUGGCAAUAUGACCGCCAAUUCUCGGUAUCGAGGUCGACCUAUAACUUGACACCGUUCACACGACGGAUUUUCAAACUUCCCUCUCCACCGUCGCCGUCCUCCCGGCAACACGACGACCUCCAAUCGUUUCUUUCCUACGCUGAGCGGACAGGUCUACCCUCCACAAGUACCGUCUACGUCGGUACUCACUACGAGUACUCGGUGCUCCAAAGUCUGCGAAAAUACGCUUUCGCACUACAUCGGAUUGGUGGCCGAGAUGACGCCGGAAUAGACUUAGUCGGGACAUGGCAUCUGCCUGAACGAGAGGGACAACGUGCGCUCCGUGUUUUGACUCAAUGCAAAGCUCUCAAAACGAAGCUGGGACCAAAUAUUGUCCGUGAGCUAGAGGGGGCUUUACGACAGGCCCCUGUCGGCUGGCGCACAGAUCAAACUGUGGGGAUACUGAUGAGCCCUCGCGAAGCCACCAAGGGAGUGCGAGAUGCGCUAGCACGAAGUCAAUUUCCGCUCUUUUGGAUGAUGCUUGAGCUGGAUGGUACGCUGAAACAAGUGCUUUGGAAUGCGCGUGCCGAACAGCUUGGCCUAGGAGCCUUGGGGGUGGAAACGCAAUAUGGCAAUGCCACGGAAACAGGCCGAACGAGGGAGAUCGCUUUGACCUGGAAUGGCAAAGACAUUCCAGACAUGGAUUGCGUAGAGAAGCGCUUACUUGAGCAGGAACACCAGUGGCUUCAAUCAUGGACUGUUGACCCGUCAAUAAAGAAGGACGCGUUGUUGGAUAGUGUUGAGAAGAUCUUCCCAGACGCGAUGCCAGAACUGCAAGCAGACCACUUUGUAUCAGCCGCUGACCGGACGAGAAUUCUACAAUCUCUGCGCAAAGAACUGGAUUCAAAGCACCUAUCGGAGAAGGAAAAUGCUUGA